CAGCUGCUACGAUCCUUUCGCCUUUCGAAGCUAAGCUACUCCCGCCUCCUCAAUCUGAGGGCCGUCGGCCUCCGCAAUUUACCUUUUUGCUCCACCACCAUCAAUAACAGCUUUUAAAUCCAAAGAGCUCUUGCUCACCACUUACAAUGUUGAUGAAAAUGUUGUCGCUCUCAGAACUUCCAUGAAGCUUAUUCCUUUUCUUCAAGGACCCCUGUGAUCUCCAUGCGCGCAGCUGCAAUGCCAAAUCCUACUAAUUCUCAACUCAAUAAAUCGUCCAUGAGGCGCAAUGACCCCAGAAAAGAGCGACGCUGGCCAAGAACUUGCGAACCGCCAUGAGGCCGGAUCAGGAACAGACGAAACGAGCAUCAAUCGUGCUCGCGAAGUUCGGCUUGGCUCCGCCCCUGGUCAGACCAAGUGCUCGAUUUGCCAUAGUACUUUUCGAAGACCCGAGCAUCUGAAGCGUCACUUCCGAAGCCACACUAAGGAGAAACCUUUCGAAUGUGCGCAGUGUGGACGUCAUUUCUCAAGAACUGACACGCUCCAUCGCCAUGAACUAAGUCAUCAUACCUUGGGACCCGAAGGGGGAAAGGAUCGUAUGCAUCGCAUUACGGUCAAGACCUUCAGAGCCUGUUACAAAUGCGCAGUAGCCAGAGUAAGGUGCAGUGGUGGUUCCCCAUGCGUACGCUGUGAGAAUAGGUCUCUGGAAUGCCAGUAUCCGACGGAACGACGCUCCAAAGCCAAAACGCGGAAGGAAUCGGCCCAGAACCUGUCUUCUGAUGGAAACAGCACGAUUUAUGGGCAGGCUACUCAGCAUGAGUCCCCUUCUUCAACAGCAGGUGCUGAUGUCCACGGAGCGGAUAUCAGAGAGCAAUCAAGAAAUGAGCCUCCGAGGUUUCAGAUUACCGAAUUUCAACUGGAUCUCCCCGGCUCCCAUCGUCUGGAUGCAUCAUCGAAGGAUAUGCCUGUAGAGAAACCGCACGGGCCUCCCCGUGGAGAAUCGUUAGAGCAUCAGAAUGGUCCACCGGAAGACGAGACGGCUGUUUUGAACUCUCGAAUGCUCUUGUCGGAUGCGGGUGGUCCUACGCACAACGCACGUGUAUCGUUGCCUGAAUAUGCUGGGUUGAGCUCGCAGCAGUUGUAUUCACAAUUGCCAGCAGGUGGCGUUCAGACUUUUCCACAGGAAUCGGCCUCGCAACUUGACCAUCGGUCCAGAGACAUCCAGCAACCAGUUACAGCCACAUCCAAUCUCAAUCUGGAAUUGGCGGGAGUCGGAGGCCAGCAAAUUCAGCUCGGGUUUGACCCGCCUUUUUUAGACCAAUCAAUGCUUUCUACCUUGAACUGGCUGCCUAAUGAUAUGUUCCCCGAUACAACGAGCGAUCAGUCUCUCGCGAGGAUGCCUCCGCUCUCUGAGCAGCUGGGUAUCCUGGACGAGCCGGUGAGCCGAACAGCAUGGCUACCUCCUGUCACAAACUUGCGGCAAAUGAGUCCCUCUGUGCGGGAAAACCACUCGCACACCCCUUCUGGGCACAUGUCUGUGGGCACAGAUGCGGGGAGUCCCGACCGAUUUUCUCGCAGUAUUGGGGAAGGUUCAUUACAUUCGGAGCCCUCAAAUGCAACCAAGCGGUCGGGAGAUUUCUACGUGGACGGCGCUGGAGCUCGACUGCCAAAGUAUAGACGGAACAGGACUUCGUGGUCAAGGUCAUCUGCAGAACCUAUUGAGAUCCUGGCACCGAUGCAUCAGCAUGAUACGCUAUGUCAAUUCUCGUUCCCACUGAUUCAGGAGAUCAGGCCAGACUUCCUUCCGGGUGAGGAAGCGGCCUUUAAUCGUCGGAUCGAAGCUCCGACAUAUGAUAAAAUCUACCACUCGUUCCUUCAGUUAUGCCGCACGGACAACCCUCUCUAUCCCAAAUUCGAAACUGGUAACUUUCCGAGCGCGGAUGCUCUUUCAAGCUUUGUAUACCUUUACUUCGACUCAUUUCAGCCCGUGUAUCCCUUGUUCCAUCCCCCUACAUUCAACCCAAACAGCUGUCAUUGGCUCGUGACGCUGGCUAUAUCAGCAGUCGGCUGUCGUUUCUCUGGUCUCACCCCUCUGGAUGAAUGCACUACGGCGUUUGAUGAAUUCCUUCGGCGGGCUAUCAAUAUUGAGAAAGAGAAAUGUCGUUCAGAACAAACACCGCUGUGGCUGAUUCAGGCUAUGACGCUCAGCUGCAUCGGAUUGCUACACAGUAGCGGUAAUGAGCAAAGCAAAGUGUCCACACUCAAUGCCUUCGGCGAUCUUGUCAAUUUCACCGUUCGAGAGGGAUUACUCUGCGCCGCAAAUAAGUCAACAGCUCAGUAUGGUGAUCUUCCGCUAGAACAAAAGUGGCAUGACUGGGUUGAAGAUGAAAUACGACGACGGACCGGGUAUCUGAUAUGGCUCCUUGAUUGUUCCCUCGCUUAUUACUUUGAUAACCGGCCUUUGCUGUCGUUGGACGACGGGCAGUGCCCAUUACCGUCUCAUGAGAAUCUCUGGAAAGCUCACUCGGCCGAAGCCUGGCGGGAUGUUCUCGAGAGAACUUCCGGUAAGUUUGGACAAAGCAAGCGGAAAUUCUCAACUAAGACAUCGGUUUCAGGGUUGCGAGAUAUCUCUCUUUACAACGCAGUGCUCACAAUCUAUAUCGAGAAGAAGCUCGUCCCAGAGAUCGGAGAAUUCAGCCACGUCCUACUCAUUCACGCUCUCUACCAUCGCAUGUGGGAGGUCGGUGACUAUUUUCGCCGUCCCUUAUCCUUCUGGAAUCCCACCGCAAAGAAGCAGUCCCUUGAUACCGCUAUCCCGUCAGGGUCUGUCUGGCUGCCAGGUAUCCCUUCGUACUCGAAAUGGCGCAACAGCGCGUGUGAUUGCUUGGAUAUUUUGCAUUGGACGGCGAACAGCACGAUUGCUAAAGCAGCGGGGCUUGAGCAUCCUACCGUGCUACACCUUCAUGCUGCCCGAAUUGUCCUCCUCGCGCCAUACCGCGAAAUUCGUUCUCUGGCGACCUCGUUAGCAAUGGGCAAGAUUCGCUGGAGCGAUCAUCAACAAGCCCUUGAGUGGCAUUACAUAUUACGCUGGAUCAAACACGACCAGUACAAGGCUCGUCUUGCGAUUAUACAUGCAGGCACAAUCUUGUGGCACGUAAGACGGUAUUCGACGAAUGCAUUCCACGAGCCGGUCGCUGUAUAUCUUUCAAUACUCACUUUAUGGGCGUACGGCUCAUGUCAUGUCCAAAUAUCCGAAGAUCCCAACUCAAGAUAUGGACCACGGCAUCAUCCAGUCCGCGAACCAACGUUUAUCCACCUAGACCGGCCGUGUGAUGACGAGCUAGUCCAGCUCUUUGUCCGCGAGGGUCAUGUUAUGCAAGGAAACGUGACAGGCGUCGGGGACAUAUGUGCUCCUCAUGGUCCUGAGCGCAUUUUGAAGGUUGGCUGCGAGACACUUGCCGGGCUUACUUCAUGGGGAAUCAGCAAGAGGUUUAUUGCCAUCCUUACGAAGCUCGCGGAGCUGUCCUCGCAGCCACAGGCUCCUAGAAACUGAUAUUAUGACAUACACGACGAACCUAGCUUUUCGAACUGACGGACGAUUGGGGAGUUGGCCGUAUUUUAUACAGGGUCAAUAAUGUAUAUAAUGUGUGAUGAC